UCCGCGCUCACCGCUGUCCAGGUCUCGUUGACUACCUACCCAUCGCCGUCUUCUCUCCACCGCCGCAGCCUCCCCUCCGCUCCGCCGCGUCUCCGUCGGCCGGCGCCUCCGAAAUGCCGCACCACGUGUCCUCCCCGCGCCCUCUUCUUCCGCGCAAGCUUCUCCAGCGGCGCCCCGCGGUGGUCGCCUGCGCCGCCGUCGCGGUGCUCGCGGCGGCGGCGGUUCUGCUGCUAGCCGCGCCGACCACCGAGGCCCCCAGCCGGACCUUACUGGCGGGCGGUUCCCUACCCUCGAGGCCUCGUGAGGAGCCGCAUGCGGUCGCGGAGAGUUCCUCGCUGCCGCCAGCCGAAGCGCCGGCUCCUUCCCUCAAGACUAGUUCUCCAUCUAAGAUUGCACCAGCCCCUUCCAUGUUUUCGGCACCAGAACCUGAGCAUCUAGUUACAAAGGCUAAUUUUUCAACUAGGAUUACACCAUCCCCCUCCAUGUUUUUUGAACCAGCAUCUUCGCCGGUGGAGAGUUUUGAUGAUAGAUCAAUGGAGGAACCUGAGCAUCCAGAUAUAAAGGAAAAUUCACCAAAGGAAUCUGCCCCUUUUCUCCAGGAGCCUAUGUCCAGUGAUUCUACAAACAGCUCGGAUGUCAGCUCAGAUAGAGUGCUGCCUCCAGACCCAGAGCAGAUACCACUUUGGUCAACUGCAGCAGAUGAAGAUCUUAUAUAUGCAAAGAAAGAGAUUGCCAAUGCACCAUUGGUAUCUGGUCACCCUGACUUGUAUGCGCCUUUAUUCCGAAAUGUGUCUAUCUUUAAGAGGAGUUAUGAGCUGAUGAAAGGACUUCUUAAGGUUUACAUAUACCAUGAUGGAGCAAAGCCCAUUUUUCAUUCUCCAUAUUUGAAAGGCAUUUAUGCAUCGGAGGGAUGGUUUAUGAAAUUAAUUGAGGGGGAUGAGAGUUUUGUUGUGAGAGAUCCAAACAGAGCUCAUCUGUUCUAUUUGCCAUAUAGUUCUCGUCAGCUGGAGCAUAAUCUUUAUGUGCCCGGAUCAAACACACUUGAACCGCUCUCUAUAUAUGUGAAGAAUUACAUAGAUAUGAUCUCUGCCAAGUUUCCGUACUGGAAUAGGACGAAAGGCACCGAUCAUUUCUUUGUUGCUUGCCAUGACUGGGGACCUUACACGACAAAACUACAUGACGAGUUGCGGAAGAAUGCCAUCAAAGCUCUCUGCAAUGCAGACCUCUCAGAAGGAGUUUUCAUCCGUGGAAGAGAUGUGUCCCUUCCCGAAACAUUCGUUAGAUCUCCAAGGAAACCUCUAGGAGGCAUUGGUGGGAAACCAGCCUCAAAGAGGUCCAUCCUCGCGUUCUUCGCAGGGCAGAUGCACGGCCGAGUACGGCCCAUUCUUCUCCGGCACUGGGGAGGCAAGGACGACGCGGACAUGAGAAUAUACAGCCGGCUGCCACGCCGGAUCACCAGGAGGAUGAACUACGUCCAGCACAUGAAGUCGACCAAGUACUGCAUCUGUCCGAUGGGGUACGAGGUGAACAGCCCUCGGAUCGUCGAGGCGAUCUACUACGAGUGUGUCCCGGUGAUCAUCGCUGACAACUUUGUGCUACCCUUCGACGACGUGCUUGACUGGAGCACCUUCUCCGUGGUGGUGCCGGAGAGAGACGUGCCGAGACUGAAGGAGAUCCUGCUGGAGAUUCCGGAGGGCAGGUAUGUGGCCAUGCAGUCCAACGUGAGGAAGGUGCAGAGGCACUUUCUGUGGCAUCCGAAGCCUGUGAAGUAUGAUAUUUUCCACAUGAUACUGCACUCGGUUUGGUUUAGCAGGGUAAAUCAAGUGCUCCAAGUAUAGUAGCAGUGUAGAGUGUAGACCUAGUUAGUCGUCCACGUUUUUGUAAGGUGUUGUUAGUCUGAAGGCAGCAGGAGCAGAGCUGUAACCUGAUUAUGGACACUACUGUUGUAGGUGCAGGUUUGAUCUUCAGAGAACGUGCUGGGUUUAGAUCCUUGCCUUAAAAAAGAAAAGGAAAAAGUAAGAGUUGAGAUCCUGGCAUUACUGAAUAUGACAAUAGAA